AUGGACUGGUACUCGUGGCUUUCAGAAACCGCGCUAGACCCAUUACACACAUACAAAUACGGUCGCCUGUUCACCAACAACCAGCUCCGAGCAGAGGAUGUGAUCCGAUUCGACCAUGAUUUUCUUCAAAGUCUAGGCAUUUCCGUAGCCAAACACCGGCUCGAGAUACUUAAACUUCGUGAUAAGAAAGUUGAGAAAGACAGCAGAAAAUUGAGCAUUGCUUUGGCAAUUAGGAAAACAAAGAGUUUGUUGGGUAAAUAUUGGACUAGGCCGAGAAUGGCACUCUUGGAGCAGCUGAAGCCUUGGACAUCACAGUGGAGGAAAAAAGAUGCACGGGUGUAUGAUAACAAGAGGCGCAUUAUGAAAUCAGGGCCAAUGGAAAGAACAAAUGGAGAUACGUGUGUACUGAAAAAUAAGAGUGGUAGUAAAUCAGGGCCUGUGGAUUGGAAAGUGCAGGAAAGAUUGAUGUCUUCAAGUUGGAAUUCUCCAUCACCAGUGUGUGUCCCGAGUCCAGUGCGCGACACGAAGACCUUCAAUGAAUCUGGAGUUGGGGGUAAAUGGAGUAUGAGUCCCAGGUUUGAGAGUGAUCAGUACAAAAACAAGGAUACAGUGAGCCAUAAUGAACUUCACUCGAUAUGGUCCUUGAUGUUUGAAGAUAUCAAGCCUACCUAA